AUGUCGCUGGUAGCGCCCAACCCGCAAGGCAAACGUUCCCGCAAAGGAGGAGCACGUAACCACGAAAACAACAGGAUCUAUGCGCAUCCACUACCCCUUCUAUUCGUCGAUUCCCCAGCUGGCCCAGUCAAGUCUGUGCUCGGCUUACUUGGACUCUCUUUGACUCGAAUCGAGAAUCCUCACUGUGAAGGGAUCUUUGACCCAAUAACACGAUCUGUAUGGGUAUCGAAUAUGGAGGAUUCGAUGGUGCUGUGGAGGAGAGGGUUCUUCGGCAAAGGAAACCUCUCCCGCAGCGAACCCAGUUGGCUAUCCCGUCAACUCAACAUACGAAAGGCAGCUCAGGGAAAACAAUUAACUUCCGAAGAAGUAACCGCACGAAGACGGGCAGAGCGGAAACAAUUCAAGUUGGAUCGGGCGAGGGCUAUCGCAGCGGUCGCCCAAGAAGCCGAAGAAAUCUUCGAGAAAGAGGGUAGAGUUAUUGCUCCUGCGUUAUCCGGCCCUGCUAUCCCCUCAGCUGCAACCUGGAAACCUUCCCAACCCAUCGAAUUCCCCGCACGAGCAGCAACACCAGCCGACUCCAUCGACGGUGCAGACGAAGGAGAAGAGGAAGAGGAAGAACUGAAAAACGUCGAGCACCUCCAACUAACACUCCAAGAAGCUUUCUUCCUCCUCUGGAACAUGGAUUGCCUAACCGUUCUCGAUCCAAACACAGCAUGGCGUCUCACAGAAAAACCAAAACAGCUCGAGCCAAUGUCCCUGAAAGACAUUUGGAUCGCCUUCCAACGCGCACAUCUACCUCCUUCCUUCGACCAACCACCUCCCCCACUGCAAUUCGACAACCCAUUCCUCAUCAACUACGUGGUCUAUCACCACUACCGUUCCCUCGGUUGGGUUGUAAAAGGCGGCAUCAAAUUCUGCGUUGACUACCUCUUGUAUAAAAGGGGUCCAGUCUUCAGCCAUGCAGAGUUCGCACUGGUCGUAAUGCCAGUAUACGAAGACGAACAAGAUCAAGCCAGUUCAAUGGUGAACCUCCAAAACUCGACACCCUUCACUUGGUCCUGGCUGAGCACCAUAAACCGAGUGAACUCUCAAGUGCAAAAGACUCUCGUACUCGUCUACGUUACCAUCCCCUCAGAAUCCCGAAUAUCCACUAAUGUCCUCAAUUCCCCCGCCUGCUUCAAACACUAUUCUAUACGCGAGGUCGUCCUCCGCCGAUUCAUUCCCGCACGGAUGCGCGACUGA